AUGGCAAUUGAAGUUGAAUGUAAUACAGUAGUAGAUUUCUUACAACAGCAACGUAAAUCAACAAAACCAAAUACAAAAGGAUUCAUAUUAAAGAGAGAUCCAAACACUCUGCAGAUAUGUAUGGUCGUAGGUCAACACGUAUUCAAGAUUGAAGAAUCUCUAUCAAAGAUAUACUCUGGUAUGGUCAAUCAAGGAAAAUGUACACUGGAAUUGAGAAUGUCUGGUGGUACAACAGCCAAUGUAUUAAUAUCAAACGCAAACGUAGAGAAAUUACAAUCAGUCGUACAAAUUUUAAAUUCUAUAUUAGAAGCUCCUCAAAAUUCAUUGGAUAUUGAUUUACAAGAGGAAGAAGAAGAAGAAGAAGAAGAAGAGGGUAAAGGAGGAGGAGAUGAUUAA